AAUUAUUGUACACACAUUUAUAGAUAGUGUAUAUCAAAUAAGUGUAUGGUCUCCUGCCAUUUUGCCGCCUAUGCUCUACCAAAAAUAAAGCCCAUUACGAGUGGAAAACCCUAAACCUUGAGACCGUGAUGACUUCCAAGGAUUCUCCCUCCUUCAAGAUAAUCUUGGGCUCUUCAUCCUCAUCUCGGAGGCAAAUUUUAUCCGAUAUGGGAUACGAAUUCUCCAUAAUGGCCGCGGAUAUAGAUGAGAAGCAGAUUCGUAUGGAAAAGCCGGAGGAGCUGGUGAUGGCCCUAGCUGAAGCCAAGGCAGAUGCAAUUAUCAGUAAGCUUCAGAUCAAUGAGUUCACGGAGAAGGAUGAGCCCACCCUCUUGAUAACAGCCGAUCAGAGCACAAGAAAGCCCAACUGUGUUACUAUUCUAGAUUUUGCUCGAGACUGGCAUUUCAGUAUUUAUGUUGCGAUUUUUCUCAAGGUUGUUGUCCAUGGAGGAAAAAUCAGAGAAAAGCCUUCCAGCAGAGAAGAAGCACGGGAAUUUAUCAAAGGAUACUCUGAGGGGCAUGCAGCCACUGUGGGAUCUGUUGUUGUGACCAACCUCAAGACUAGCGCUAGACAAAGAGGAUGGGACAAAGCUGAAGUAUAUUUUCACAAAAUACCUGAUGAGGUUAUUGAAAACCUGGUAAAUGAAGGUGAUGUUCUUUAUGUUGCAGGCGGUUUAUUGGUAGAGCAUCCCUUGACUUCUCCCUUUGUGGAAGCAAUGGUUGGAACUCUUGAUAGUAUCAUGGGACUUCCUAAGCAUCUAACAGAAAGGCUGAUCCAAGAUGCCCUUUGACGUUCAUAAGCAUGAUUUCAAGAAGCCUCGAUGCUCUAGACUUUCAUUUCAGCCAUUCAUUACUCAUUCUUAUAAUUUAUUGAUUGGGAAUUGCUGUUGCUAGCCUUAAGUGCUGCAGAAAAGAACGGUUUGAAUAUUUUAGUCGUCGCCGUUUGGGAAUAUGUAAGUGUUAUUUUUUCAAAUUGAAGGAGAGAUUUGAUUUGGAUCUUCGUUAUGGCUUGUAAUGAAUGAUUAUUGAGUUGUGCUUUGCUAGAAUGAAUUGAGAUGGGAGAUUUCUUGAGACCACCAA